CGCUGCGGAUGGACAAUCAAAUCUUCACACCCACCUCUAGAUACACUCGCAUUUUUUCAUUUCGUAGUUCUACUUCUACUCUAAAAUAGAUAGCUAGACGGACUCUCGCGGCUCACAAAUCAUAGAAACUUUUCGUGAAAUACUAGCAAUAGUUUAACAGUAAAUCUGAAAUUCAACAUGGAGUCCCCUCCAGAUCCAGCAAGCGACCCGGGCAACAGCGCCUCUGAGUCGGCUACACCGGCCAGGGAAACCCCGGUAAACCUAGAGACGCUCCGAAAAGCAGAACAUCCAGCCCCUGUUCGAAGGCAGACCUGUUCAAGUACCAACAGAGGUGGACUCACGAACAAGCAAGGUAUUUCAGUAACAAAGAAGACACAUACCUCUCAAAUCGAAAUAAUUCCCUGCAAGAUCUGUGGAGACAAAUCAUCAGGCAUCCAUUACGGUGUGAUAACAUGUGAGGGCUGUAAGGGCUUCUUCAGGAGGAGUCAGCAGAGCAAUGCGGCCUACUCAUGCCCCCGUCAGAAGAACUGCCUGAUCGACCGCACCAGCCGCAACCGCUGCCAGCACUGCCGGCUGCAGAAAUGUCUGGCAGUGGGCAUGUCAAGGGACGCGGUGAAGUUUGGGCGCAUGUCGAAGAAGCAGCGGGACAGCCUGUAUGCAGAGGUGCAGAAACACCGGCUGCAGCAGGCACAGCGUGACCACCAGCAGCAGCCCGGCGAGGCCGAGCCACUCACACCCACCUACGGCCUCUCGGCCAAUGGCCUCACAGAGCUCCACGACGACCUCAGUGGCUACAUGGAUGGCCACACCCCCGACGGCAGCAAGCCCGACUCAGCAGUCAGCAGCUUCUACCUGGACAUCCAGCCCUCCCCUGACCAGUCCGGCCUGGACAUCAACGGCAUCAAGCCCGAGCCCAUCUGCGACUUCGCCCCCGGCUCAGGCUUCUUCCCCUACUGCUCCUUUACCAACGGAGAGACAUCCCCCACUGUGUCCAUGGCUGAGCUAGAGCACCUGGCCCAGAACAUCUCCAAGUCUCACAUGGAGACGUGUCAGUACCUGAGAGAGGAGCUGCAGCAGAUGACCUGGCAGGCCUUCCUGCAGGAGGAGAUGGAGAGCUACCAGACCAAGCCCCGAGAGGUCAUGUGGCAGCUGUGUGCUAUCAAAAUCACAGAGGCCAUCCAGUACGUGGUGGAGUUUGCCAAGCGGAUCGACGGCUUCAUGGAGCUGUGUCAGAACGAUCAGAUAGUGCUGCUGAAAGCAGGCUCUUUGGAGGUUGUGUUUGUGAGAAUGUGCCGUGCCUUUGACUCUCAAAACAACACAGUCUAUUUCGAUGGAAAGUAUGCUGGGCCUGAUGUGUUUAAGUCAUUAGGCUGUGACGACUUGAUCAGCUCCGUCUUCGAGUUUGGGAAGAACUUGUGUUCUAUGCACCUGUCUGAGGAUGAGAUUGCCCUGUUCUCCGCGUUCGUGUUGAUGUCUGCAGACCGGUCCUGGCUCCAGGAGAAGGUGAAGGUGGAGAAACUCCAGCAGAAGAUCCAGCUGGCACUGCAGCAUGUCCUGCAGAAGAACCACAGAGAGGACGGCAUACUCACCAAGUUGAUAUGCAAGGUGUCAACACUGCGAGCGCUGUGCAGCAGGCAUACAGAGAAGCUGACGGCUUUCAAAGCAAUAUACCCAGACAUUGUGCGUGCCCACUUCCCCCCCUUAUAUAAGGAGCUCUUUGGAUCGGACUUUGAGCAGUCCAUGCCCGUUGACGGGUAGCCAGCAGCCUUGCCAGGUGCCAGCGUGGCCACCGUGGGGAAUGUCAUGGGGAGCAUGAAUCUGAGACACUUUAACGGUGCCCUGCACAUACCAGGACGGCCGGCACGCUGCACACUUUUCUUUCUUUUUUUUCUUGAGGGGAGGGUUGUGGGUGUUUGAUUCUCUCCAUUUAUUUCAUUGGGAUUAGUCGUCUCUGUUUGGAACCCAGGUGGGACUCUAAGCCCCAGGGACAUGAAGAGAAGUUGGAGACAAUGCUUUCUCUCUGGAUGAACUUGACUCUCUCAUGCACAUCAUUCCAGCAUGUUCCCAGGAUGUCUCACACUGAUUAGCACUCAUUGUUUUGACUUGUUUCUACAAAAUAGAAUUGACUGUAUAGAGAAAAUGAUAUUGAAUUUGGCUAUGCACAUGCCUAACCUGAAAAUCCCCUCAGCACCAAUGAUCUGGCUCUCCACCUCCCCUCUGGAGCUCCAAUGUCCAAUGUCUUAUUGCAUUGGAAAACAGAUCCAUGUCAAUAUUUAUUUGUUAUUAAAUCUAUACUGUAUCAUAUACCCUAAUGAAGAUAUCUGUCUGGGCAUGUGUACCCUCCAUUAAUCCUUGGUAAAGAUCACGUUAGAAUCUCCUAAUGGAAAUGUAUUGCUGCUAAUGUGCAUGUCCUGGUCAAGUUCAGCCCCUGUUCUCCUGUGUUCAGUUGUACGUUUGGAAUGCAGUGCUUAGAAUGAAAACUCGCAGUGACUUUGAGAGAGGCUCCGUCUGCGUGGCAAUGUAAACGGCACCUCUCUAUGGACAAUCGUCUAAAAGGAAAAGUAGAAUUCUGGUAAUUCUAGUCAAAAAGCAAUGAUUUUAGCUGUCAAAGACUCCAUCCAUCAUGGUUGCUUAGAGAAAUCAUGCAAGGCCAUCUGCUAUUGAACCUUGUGUGGACAGAUGCCCUGGAGAAACAUUGGGCACCGCCACAACGAUAGGGAGAGAUCCCACCUGUUUUAUAAUAUACUACAGGGUAAUACGGUCAUAAGUACUUACUAUACAAAAAAAGUCAUGUUUAUAGAUUCUAUUUUAAAUAACAUGUAUGAAAUUAGUAGUCUGACUUCUUAAUUGUUGAAUUGAUAAGGCACUUUUAUUUGCACCUUUCUUUAAUUUAAGACGUGUAUAUUACCUAGUGAUGUGUUGCAUGUGCACAAGAAAUACCAGUUGAACCAUGGUCACAGAGGCUUGUCCUUAGAGCUGCAGACACUGCUGGUCUGGGUGGGGGUUGGUUUGUUUAGGUUGGGUUAGUUUGGUUAGUUUGGGUUUGCCUGUGAGAUGGCUAGCAUGGUAUGGUCUGUAGAGGCAGGCAGGUCACAUUCACCCCAUCACCUAUUAGCAUAACACCCCCGACACACAUGCAUACAAUCUCAAACAAAAGCACACAUGAACCUGGUACUCAAGCUGUUUGCUCGUUUGUGCUCAGUCCAACGUCUCCAUCUAGUGGAGAGUAGCGACACAGCAGGCCAGGUGAUGGAGGUCUUCAGAAAUAUAAUGCCUAUGAGAGAGCGGUCCACACACAGCCCUCUCUGACCAGCUGUUGAUCCAUCUUGUUAGCCUCACACAUAAGCAUGUUUGUGGAGGAGUGAUUGUGACUGUCUCUUCCCUAAGGCCUCUGCCCAGCUAUGACAUUUGUUAUGGGACAGAAAAGGAAAGGGGAAGAAGGAAUUGUAAUAUUCAAAGCCUUGUCUGGUAGUAAAGCUUCUAUUUUUGUAACAUGUAUAGUGAAUUAAACUCAUGAAAGAGAGGGGGAGAGAAAGAGAAGUCAGGUAGCACUUACUAUAUUCCCGCAAUAAUUAGAGAAGCUGUUGUUUGUAGUGUAUGACUAGGAAAGAAACAUGACAAUGGUAGAACAAGUGCUAUCGUCAAUGCUUCGUUGUCGUGGUUCUGUUUUUAUUUUGUGUGUCUUUCUUGUCAGUGUGGUAGACAAGCGGUAGAAAAAAAAACCUGGAUGUGCCAUACAGUAGUUUCUGCUCCUGCGUUGCCGUCUACCUGUCCAUAUGGAUUGAUCUGACAUUCCAAAAAACUCAGUGGUGGCUUGUAUAGAAUUCCCAUUAUAAUCCUGAUAUCCCUUUAGAUUACCCAACACAGCAUGGUUACAGUUUUGACACAACCCUUACCAUAGUGGUUUGGUUUGUUUUUCUGUUUGCACACCAUGAUUCCUCUGCUGUGCAAUGUGUACAAGACAGAACGUCUUGUGUUGUCACCCCUCAGGGAAGAGUUGUUUCACGCUUUCUGUUUGAAAUUGUUCCUGUUGUGUUGUUGGUCCUCAUUAGGUAGAGUUCAUGUGUUGUUCAGGGAUGUUCGAUAAUAAGUGGUUCAGAAGAACAUGUAGAAUUCAUUGCUGAGUCAUAUUUCCCAUUGCUGAUGGACAGUACUUAAGGCGCUGUUGGCUAAGCACCAGAAAUUCUAACUAUGCCCUAGAAGUCAAGCUCAUAAUAAACACAAACUUUAUUUUCCCAUUUUUACAGUCAGUUUUCCCAUUGGCCAUACAGAACAUGUUUUAUUUGAUAUGCAGUUUAUUUAUAUUGCAUACAAUUCCAAUAAUAACAUACUACAUUUGGACUAAUAUGGUGUCACCAGGGUCAAUGUCACCAACUUAUGAUUACCCUCUUUGUUAGAUAAACCAAAUAUACUUACGCAAUAUUAAAUAUUUCUUCUUUAGGCUGUAUUAAUGCUGUACCUAAGUAAUAAUCUCUGUAAUGGUCCAAAGUUAUUUGGAUAUGUAUUGGUCUAGGUGAAAACCAGUAGCCUCAGACUACUAACCAGUGAAACCCAGUCUGUCUCAACCAGUGAUUGACAAUCCAGGUGACAGUGGGCCUGGCCUGUGGCCCAGUGGGAGAGAUAUGGAUGCUCAGGGAGUUAACAGACAGACAGAAAAAGACAGACAGACAGGGGAAGCAGCAUAUUCUCAGCCAAGAACUAUGUGGUAGCUUUGUGCAACUAUUACGGGUUUCUGCCGGGAAGCCACUAGAGUGGAAUCCCAUUUCCUGAAACACAGAUGUCAUUCUCUGUCUCUAUAUCGAUCAAACUGGUCCUAAAUUAAAGGUCUCUUUGUCAAGCAAUUGCAGCAUCAACCCAGAACAAAAAGCAGCCAUUUCUUACCACUUUCUGUUCACUGUGUUGUUAUGUCCUUAUUGUCUAUGUUCCGUAUACAGUUUGUUAGCCGUAUUGAUUAGACAAUGGGGAUAAAUCUGAGGCAUUGGAUCCUUUGUGUCUGUGACUCUUUCAACAAACAUCUCUGCACCCACAUGGUGUGGGAGGAUAAGUCAUCAUGCAUGCUGUCAUUUGAGACAUGGUUAGCAAAGGAUCACUGAGUCUGCUAGUCUAUCAAUGUAAAUAACACCUUAUGCUCCUUCUGUCUCUGCUCUCUGUGGCACUCGUGUAAACAAGCAAUAGUGUGCGUGUGUGUAAGUGUGUUUGUUUACUCACUGUGUGCAUAAGACAAACCCCAGACAAGGCUUUUUAAUAAACUAAGAGGAACAGGGUUAUGCGGAUGAGGAGUCUUAAGGCUUAGUGUUCCCUGGAUUUGAAAGGUUUCGGUAACACUGAGAUUGAUCCAUCCCGUGUAGCGCUCAAGUGUUAUAAGCAUGACAUAAUGCCUCUAUACAAUUUAUAGUCCUUCAAAGUGCACUGGGGCAAAUGACUAACCACUCAGUCAUAUGUGUUCAGUGCAGAACAAUUGUUAUGAAAAGAGACAGCAAACAACUCACCAUUCCGCUUGUCAUACGUGUUAUGUUGAUGCUUUGACUGCCUGAGGCAUGGGACUCCUAUUUAUUUGCCAUAGAAUAUAGAUUGUAAUGAUAGGUGUAAUGUCAUGUUUACAACUGUGCCGUCUUUUGAAGUUUUAAAGUGUUACCCAGAUCUAUCAGUCAAUUUCAUAGCAUUUUAACAAUACUCUCAUCUUCCAAAGCACAUCUGAUACAGUUUUAAGAUAACAAUACAUUUUAGAAUAUAGUAAAAAAAAAAAACACAAAAAAAAUGUUUUUGGAAAAAAAAAACUUCUAGCCAUAAACGAAUGUCAAGCAAUAAUAUAUGUGGUGUAUUAUUUGUUAUUUUGUGCUUAGGCUUUGGACAUCUGCAUGUAAAUACACCUCUAAUUUAUCACUUUUGGUUUUAAUUUGUGUUAUUUUGUUCUGGUUGUUUUUGUUUCGUCUGUAUAUUUGACUGGUUCUGUUCCCAGGUGGAGGUUAACAACCACAUAUGGCCUGGCCUGUAUAUAUUCAUUUAUCUCUCUUUCUCUCUCCCUCAUCAUCUGCUUUUAUUCCACAAUAUUUAAUGUUAAUUAUUGAUCACAUGUAUAAAGGUAACUUUGUAACUUCAUUCUGUAUAGGUAAGAAGAAAAUACUGCUACUAAGGCCUACUCAGUGCAAAUAUGUAUCAGUUUAUCAAAUACACCAUUCUGUACAAUA